AGCCAGCUUUCCCAGGCCCUGAACGGGUUGUCAGACAGAGCCAAGGAAGCAAAAGAGUUCCUGGUCCAACUCCGCAACAUGGUGCAGCAAAUCCAGGAGAACAGCGUGGAGUUCGAGGCCUGCCUGGUGGCCCAGUGUGACGCCCUCAUCGACGCCCUCAACAGAAGGAAAGCCCAGCUGCUGUCCCGAGUCAACAAGGAGCACGAGCACAAGCUGAAGGUGGUGCGAGACCAGAUUUCUCACUGCACGGUCAAGCUGCGCCAGACCACGGGCCUGAUGGAGUACUGCCUGGAGGUCAUCAAGGAGAACGACCCCAGCGGCUUCCUGCAGAUCUCCGACGCUCUCAUCAGGAGAGUGCACUUAACCGAGGACCAGUGGGGAAAGGGGACGCUCACACCCCGGAUGACCACGGACUUCGACCUGAACCUUGACAACGCCCCUCUGCUGCAGUCCAUCCACCAGCUCGACUUUGUGCAGAUGAAAGUGCCGGCCCCCCCGAUCCUGCAGCUAGAGGAGUGUUGCACCCACAACAACAGUGCCACCUUGUCCUGGAAGCAGCCCCCCUUGUCGACGGUGCAGGUGGAAGGCUACAUCCUGGAGCUCGAUGACGGCAACGGUGGCCAGUUCAGGGAGGUGUACGUGGGCAAGGAGACCAUGUGCACGGUGGACGGGCUUCACUUCAACAGCACGUACAGCGCACGUGUCAAAGCCUUCAACAAAACAGGAGUCAGCCCGUACAGCAAGACCCUGGUUCUCCAGACAUCUGAGGUUGCUUGGUUUUCUUUCGAUCCUGCCUCUGCCCACGCUGACAUCAUCUUUUCUAAUGACAACCUGACUGUCACCUGCAACAGCUAUGAUGACAGGGUUGUGCUGGGGAAAACGGGCUUUUCCAAAGGGCUCCAUUACUGGGAGCUGUCAAUCGAUCGUUACGAUAACCACCCUGACCCGGCCUUUGGUGUGGCACGCAUUGAUGUCCUGAAGGAUGCCAUGCUGGGCAAGGACGACAAGGCCUGGGCCAUGUACGUGGACAAUAACCGGAGCUGGUUCAUGCACAACAAUUCGCACACCAACAGAACCGAGGGUGGGAUAACGAAAGGCGCCACGGUGGGAGUGCUGCUGGAUUUGACCAGGAGGACCUUGACGUUCUCCAUCAACGAGGACCAGCAAGGGCCUGUCGCCUUCGAGAACCUGGAGGGCCUCUUCUUCCCCGCGGUCAGCCUCAACAGGAACGUGCAG